CUUUGACCGCAGUGUUUUGAUCCCUUCUUCACGAUAGCAUCAGCUGCUGUUUGCAGUGAAACGGUCGGCUGUUUUGUGUCUGUCUUGCGUGCAGUAUAGACCUCAUAUCAGAUUUUGUGAACGGCCAACAGGCUGGAUUCUUCUGCUUGAGAGCACAUAGACUGCUUGUGGCUUCUGAUCGCAAAAUUUAUUUAUUUUUCUUUGCUGCAUCGGUCUGAAAUAUUACAACUUGAAAAAUGUAUGAACUGAUGAUGAAAGACGUGCGCUCUGCAUUCGCCACCGGUAAAACACGGACAUACGAGUGGCGAAUUUCCCAGCUGAAGGCUAUUAUGAGGUGUUUGCAGGAGAACUCGGACAAGAUCAACGAAGUUCUGUUCAAAGAUUUGCACAAACAUUCCCUGGAAAGUGUGGUAAUGGAAGCAAAUAUGUGUGUUUCUGAGGCUAUUGACUGCAUCAACAAUUUGAAAGAUUGGAUGAAGCCAGAAAAGGUGAGCAAGCCAGCCCUGUACAUGAUGGACACGGCCUACAUCCAGUCAGAGCCUUAUGGUGUGGCUCUCAUCAUCGGGGCUUGGAACUACCCCAUCCAGCUGACCCUCCUGCCCCUCAUUGGUGCUAUCGCAGCUGGUAACUGUGUGGUGUUGAAGCCUUCAGAAGUCUCUGCUGCCUCUGCUCAGUUUCUGCAGGACUACCUUCCCAAAUACGUCGAUAAUGACUGCAUCAAAGUUGUGAAUGGGGCAGUGCCUGAGACAACGGCUUUGCUCAAGGAGAAGUUUGACUUCAUUAUGUACACAGGGAACAGUUUCGUGGCUCGUAUUGUGAUGGAAGCCGCUUCGAAACACCUGACGCCCGUUCUGCUGGAGCUAGGAGGGAAAAGCCCGGCAUACGUGGACAAAGGUACCGACAUGGAGGUGGUGGCGCGCAGGUUGUGCUGGGGGAAGUUUGCAAAUGCCGGACAGACGUGUGUUGCUCCUGACUACGUGAUGUGUCAGAAAGACAUGCAGGAUGAACUGAUUAAAAACCUGAAGGCAACCAUUGAAGCCUUCUACACUGCUGACCCAAAGAGCAGCGACAGUUUUGGCCGGAUCGUCAACGAAAAACACUUUCAGAGGGUUCAGAAACUGAAAAAAGGCGCAGAGGUAGCUGUUGGUGGGGGAGACGUGGAGGAAGAAAAGUACAUCGCUCCCACUGUUCUUCGCGAUGUGAAACUGACGGAUCCAGUCAUGCAGGAUGAGAUCUUUGGGCCUUUGCUGCCGAUCAUGCCUGUUCAAGACCAUGCAGAGGCCAUCAAGAUCAUCAACGACAGAGACAAGCCCCUGUCCCUGUAUGUGUUCAGCAACAACAAGUCUCUGAUUCAGGAGUUCCGGCUGGGGACGAGCAGCGGCGCCUUUCUGGUCAAUGACACAGUCGUCCACGGUGGAUUGAAUACUCUUCCUUUUGGUGGUGUUGGCAACAGUGGCAUGGGAAGGUACCACGGGAAACACUCGUUUGACUCUUUCAGCCACCAGAAGGCUGUCUUGGAGAAAUCUCUGGCCCUGGAUUCGGUCAAUCAGCUGAGGUACCCUCCAUACAGUGACACCAAGCUGGGCUGGCUGCAGUGGAUCAUGAAGAAGAAAGUCAAAAGAACCGGCGUGUUCAGUUUCCUCCCUUUUGUGGUGAUGGGAGCCAUGUUUGCUAUGUUUUAUAAGACGGCUGGCGUCAUGGCAGACAGCGUUGGUGCGGGCCAAGACAACGGCCAGAUGUGAAAACCUGGGAGGCCACAAUACUCCGGCAACAGACUUAGAACUAAACAGCAAAGUGUUACGGUCCCUGGUCCCCUUUGUUGUGUGCCUGGAGAGCUGUUGUUUUCCCUCCACUUACUCAUUCCAAAAGUUUAUAUCAGGUUAUAACAAAUUGUUGAGAAGGAUUUUUUUACGGAUAGAAGAGCAGUUUCUGGUACUAAACGGCGAAAUGUUGAAUUUUGGAGCUGACCUUUUGAGCCAACAGAUCAAUACAAAUAGCUCUAAAAGUUUUCAUUUUAUGUUAUUAAAAAGAUUUAUUGAUUUUUAAGGAAAAAAAAAAGGUGAAAUUUUUUAAUGUUCAGUGAAAAAUUAGUCUGUUUGUCUUUGUCAUCUUGAUUUAAUAGAUCUCCAAAAGAGAUGACUUUGAUUUUUGUCGCUAAAAUUUUGUUUAAAGUGUAAGUUUUCGACAACAUGUCUUUAUGGUUUUGGUGACUUCGUGAAAUUUUGAUAGAUCGGGACAUUUAAAAAACACAAAUGACAAUGUUGAAUGUGGCUUUGUUGGUACUUUUAUAAUGUUUUCUAUACAGACAUGUUUGUUCAUGCAUUGACAUUUACUGUUGGAUUUUUUUUUUCCAUGACUAAAAUGUUUGUAGUUUUCUGUGCAUGUAUAUAUAUUAUGACCCAUGGAGUUUUAAAUUAUAUAUUUUCCAAUUUUUUUUCUUUCAUUUUUAGAAAAUGAGAUUUCUACAUUUGCCUUAAGGGGCAUCAGUGAAGAAAAUGUCUAGUUCAAAACAGCCGGAAGAAAUUUUAAAGAAAUGUACAUCAUUGCUCAAGGAAUGUUGCAUGUACUUUUCCUUAAUGCUAUAGUCUGACAAUAAGCGUUGUUGAUAUCUUUCGUUUUUGUGCCUUGCUAUAUUGUGUUGAUGAGUGCAUGUCAUGUAGGUUUAUCUGGCCCAUCUAUAAUGAUAAAGAAUUGUAUUAAUCCUCUAUUUAUGAUGCAGAUAUAAUUUUUUUGGCUUCAUUAAAAAGAUGGUGGUGACAAUUGACAAAACAGCUAUUGUGUGUAUGUGGUUGUUUUUUUUCUCUUUUUUUGUUUGCACGUUAGAAAGCACCUUGAUUUCCAACGUUAGGAAACGUAAUGCUAGGGUGGCUAACUCGUAGAUUGGAUCAGUUAUCGGAAUUAUUGUACUGUCGUAUGUGUCUGCAUUUUUUGCAAGACUCGGACUGAAAAGGACGUACUGUUUGCUCAGUAUUACUGUCAAGCUGAACUGCUAUGUGAAAGAUCAUGGUUCGAAUUCCUGAUGGGCUUUACUUGAAGUUGGUUUGUUUUUUACUUUUUAUGGCUUUCGUUCAACUGAACUUGAUUCUGUCAGAGAUGAAAUAAAAUCAGAUCUUUGGGCCACUAAAAUGACUUUAUAACAUUAUGUAUGAUAUAACAGGGUUGUUGAACCCGUCUCAUACCAAGUAGUUGAUUGUAGAUUAUCAUUCCUCUACGUCUCUGACUUCUAUACGUAGAGUUUAUUUUCUUCUCUAGAACAUCGUUCCCAUCCAGUUUUGGGGUACUCGUUUUCUACUAUCUAAUGUACUUUGUAUUCUGUUACUCAUAGUCACCAGAGUUUCUUCAGUUUUGGUUGGGGAUAUUAAAUUAUAUAAAUUGUAACUUGACAUACCUGUUUGUCUUUUGCUGUUUGAAGUUUUCCUUGCGUGUGCAAUCUGUACAGGAUAAACCUCCUGAUCUGUCCUUGUAUGCGAGAACUAAGUCAGUCCCAACAGUUUUAUAUGAUCAGAGAUGCAAGUUUAAGUAAAGAGAAGCACAUUAAUGAGAUAACGACCAUAAGUGCAGGAGAAAAAGGAAGGCAUAGAAAGGACAGAGGGAAAGAAAAUAAAUCGGUUGUAGGAUCUACCAGUGCGGCUGUCUCACAACAUAGAGGGAUGUGAGAAAAAAAGCCCACCCAAAAUUUGCAAAAUACUUGUUCUUCAUAACUGGGUACUGUAUGAAACUGGAGGCGAACCAGUUACUUUGGAAUGUGAGGCAAACGCCUUACCCUCCGACGUAGGAGCCACCUCUGUGGUAUAAGAGAAAAGGUUCGACUUCCCAGAAUUCCACUUUCCAUGUUUACAGGUUUUGAUUCUUUCCUCACAUAUCUCCUUUCGUCUUCCCUUUCAUCUCUCUUACUACUUAUAUCUCCUCCUUUUAUGUGUUUGUUACUCUCUCAUAACACCUCUAUUCUUCAGCACUUAUACGACCUAAUAUUGUUGCAAGUGCUGUAAAAUGCUUAAUAAAACAAAACUUCUUUUUACUCGAACCUCCUGCACCAGGUGCCCUGUUUUCAGUACACCAUUCUUGUGACAAACAAGCAGGGUUCUGGCAUAAAACAAAGAUAUACUGUUUGCAAAAAACACUAUACUUAAUAUCUAUUUUAAAAAAUGUUUUGUACAUAGAUCAAGUACAUGUAUUUAUUUCAAGUGGUUAUGUGGAUGUACAUGCAAAAGAGAAUUCUCCGUACAAAAAACCUAAGUUCUAUACAUCAAAAUUUUAUCUUUAUUGUUACAAAUCCUUUUCCCCUAGUUUACUAUCACUUGACAGAGCGCUUCGUUUGUUAAACGACCUGUUUUCAUCUAGUAGGACCUUAAACCCAGAACUGCUCCCCCUCUGCCAUUUUACGUAGACUGGUUUUUUUUUGCUUUGUUUUUUUUAAUUUUGUGUUGUUUUUCUUGAUAUUACCCCGUAUUUCUACUCAUAUGCAUAGAUAUAGUGGUUAUGUAUCAUAUGUUUCUAAGUUCUCUAAUAAAGUACAGAUUCAAGUGAA